CACUUGGAAACGAUUAUUUCUUCAGAUGAUCAUGAUGGCAGCUGUCGCUUGGUUUACGUCACGAAGCUGUGCCGUUACAUUGCUGCUGCUUUCUUUGCGUUUUGCAAAUGGAGAUGUAAGCUAUUCUUUUCCGGAGGAGAUGAGACGUGGGUCAUUGAUUGGAAAUAUCGCCAAAGACUUGGGCCUUGAUACAGGUACACUAUCCGCUAGAAAGGCUCGCAUUGAUACUGAUGGAAGCGACAAGCGUUUCUGUGACAUAAACCGGAACGGGGAUCUUAUUGUUGCCGAAAGGAUUGACAGAGAAGGCCUGUGUGGAGACAAAGCAUCUUGCGCUUUAAAACAAGAGCUCAUGUUAGAGAAUCCACUAGAACUGCAUCGAAUCAAUCUGCAUGUCCAGGAUAUAAACGAUAACCCUCCGCAAUUUAAUACAGAACUGAUCCAUAUAGAUAUACGUGAAUCCACAGCAAAGGGUGCCCGUUUUCCUAUAGAAGAAGCACAUGAUGCAGAUAUAGGCAAAUACUCGGUUCAGACGUACAAUCUGCAAAGGAAUGAUCAUUUUAUUCUGGGCGUUGCAGCAAAUUCUGUGGAACUUGUGCUAAACAAAGAACUAGACCGUGAACAUUUGAAAGAAAUCAAUCUACUACUGGCAGCUGUGGAUGGAGGUUCUCCUCAAAGGUCAGGUACUGCGGUCAUUCAUAUUACUGUGCUGGAUGCAAACGAUAACGUCCCAGCUUUUAGCCAGACUGUUUUUAAAGCCAGUCUGCCUGAAAACGCUCCACUGGGUACUGUUGUGCUAACAGUGAGUGCUACGGAUGCAGACGAGGGAAUCAAUGGAGAAGUUGCAUACGAUUUUGGACACAUUACGGAGGAUUUACGGUCGGUGUUUAAUAUAGAUCAUAAAACAGGUGAUAUCAAAUUAAUGGCACCUGUCGAUUUUGAAACGGCAUCAUCGUUUGAACUGCGUGUCACUGCAAAAGAUGGUUUGGGCUUAACCUCUUUUGCCAAAGUAAUCAUUGCUAUAUCUGAUAUAAAUGAUAACGCCCCAGUCAUAUAUCUGAAAUCACUGACUAACCCCAUACCUGAGAACGUGACACCUGGUACAGAGGUGGGAAUCAUUAACGUGCAGGACAGAGAUUCAGAGAAAAACAGACAGGUUCGUUGCACCAUUCAGCAAAAUGUCCCCUUUAAGUUAGUUCCUUCUAUUAAAAACUAUUAUUCUCUGGUGACAACAGGACAAUUGGACCGUGAACUAGUGUCUGAUUACAACAUUACAAUCAGUGCCACUGACGAGGGCUCUCCACCUCUGUCCUCCUCUAAAACUGUUCAGUUAUCUGUAGCUGACAUCAACGACAACCCACCUGUGUUUGAGGAACAGUCCUACAGCGCAUAUGUGACUGAAAAUAACAAACCUGGCUCCACUUUAUGUUCCGUUACUGCUCGAGACCCCGACUGGAGACAAAACGGUACAGUGAUUUAUUCUCUGUUACCUGGUGAGGUGAACGGUGCCCCGGUGUCCUCCUAUGUGUCAGUGAACGGAGACACGGGGGUGAUCCACGCUGUGAGGUCGUUUGAUUAUGAACAGUUGAGGAACUUUAAAGUCCAGGUGAUGGCCAGAGACAACGGUUCUCCUCCACUCAGCAGUAACGUGACCGUCAGUGUCUUCAUAUCUGAUGUGAACGACAACUCUCCUCAGAUACUGUAUCCCGCCCUCGAGGGCAACUCCUUCAUGACUGAGCUGGUCCCCAAAGCUGCGCACGGAGGCUCUCUGGUGUCCAAAGUGAUAGCAGUGGACGCGGACUCCGGACAGAACGCCUGGCUCUCCUAUCGUAUAGUUACAUCCACUGACCCGGGACUUUUCACUAUAGGUGUCCACAGUGGAGAGAUCAGGACACAGCGGGACAUUUCAGAGUCUGACAGCAUGAAACAGAAUCUUAUUGUUGCGGUGAAAGAUAACGGACAGCCCUCUCUCUCUGCCACCUGCUCCAUGUAUUUAAUUAUUUCUGAUAACUUGGCUGAGGUGACAGAACUGAAGGACAUUUCUUAUGAUGAGAAGAAUUCCAAACUGACAUCUUAUCUGAUCGUCGCACUGGUGUCUGUGUCCACUUUUUUCCUGACCUUCAUCAUCAUCAUCAUGGGUGUGAGGUUUUGUCGCAGGAGAAAGCCCAGACUGUUGUUUGACGGAGCAGUCGCCAUCCCCAGCGCUUAUCUCCCUCCUAAUUACGCAGAUGUUGACGGCACAGGAACUUUACGCAGCACUUACAAUUAUGACGCCUACCUGACAACAGGUUCUAGAACGAGUGACUUUAAGUUUGUGACAUCUUACAAUGACAACACACUGCCUGCUGACCAGACUCUGAGGAAAAGUCCCAGUGACUUUGCUGAUGUGUUUGGAGAUUGUGAUUCUUCUCUCGAGGUAGGAACAUGUAUCAUCUUUGGUUGA